GGUUUGUGCCAUAAGGUAGGGAGCGGCCCCCGCCUCUUUCCGCGCUCUCCGGAGCGGCGCGCGAGCUGCACCACUUCUGUUCGCUAUGUGUCCACCGGCAGCACGCGCUCUCCCUGCGCUCCUGCUCGCGCUCUGCGCCCUGAGCCCGAUGCUCACAGCAUUUAAACCACUCCAUCCACGCAAUGUGAAGCUUACGUCAGUGGAGAAAGGCUUAAAGGUGACAUGGGACCCACCUAACGAGCUGGAUGGUCGGCCAGUGGAUCGAUACAGUAUUGGCUAUGGCAAGUCUAUGAGGUCUCUGCGCUUCAUCAAGGUGGACAAGGACCGCCGCUCCGAGGUACUAGAGGACGUAGAGCCUGGAGUCCUGCAUUUUCUCAAGAUCAGUUCUGAGAAUGAGGAUGGAAUGAGUAAACCAGUCUACAGAGCAGAAACUCCAGGAGGUGGGGAAUUGGUAAAGCUGGAUGGCUUUGCUGUUGAAGGAGGAUCUUCUGCAAACACCUCCGCACCAGGUAGGAGGUCAUCUGAGCGCUCCUCUAAGAUAAGCCCUCACACUCCAGUUCAGAGAUCAGGGGUGUUACGGCAGAGAGCCCCUCAGUCCUCCUCAGGCCCUGAAGCUCCACGCAGAGGAGGAUACCUGCCCAUUCGCUCUCAAAACAAACAUAGGGUGGACCUCAGUCAGCCUCAAGCUGACCAGCGCAAUGCUAACAAACCUAAACUAGCUUCUGAGUCCAUCUAUGUGGUAUCACUGCAGGCACAGAAAGCCCCACAGAGGACUGUACCAGCAAGCAAGACUGUCAAUACCGAAAGCCCUCCUCCAGAGCAUGAUGAAGUAGAGGAGGUGGAAGACGUCACAGUGAGGAUACUGUCUCCCCAGUCUGUUGUAAUCACAUGGGUGGAUCCACUUGUCAAGAAACAGAAAAGUUUCCCUGAAGGUACCAGGCAAUACACUGUCAGAUAUAGAGAGAAGGGAGAGUCAGCUCGGUGGGAAUAUAAGGAGACCUCACAGAAGCGGCUCGUGAUUGAGAAGCUGUCUGCCGAUGGAAUGUAUGAAUUCUCUGUUCGAAUCACUCAAGGUGACCAACAAGGAAAAUGGAGUGUAUCUGUAUUCCAGAGGACCCCAGAAUCAGCACCCGCUGGCCCUCCUGAGAACUUUGAAGUGAAACCACUUAGAGGGAAAGGCACAGCCGUCACUGCAACAUGGGAUCCACCUGAUGAACCCAAUGGUAAAAUCAGAGAAUAUAUUCUGUCCUAUGCGCCAGCCCUGAAACCCUUCGGAGCAAAAUCAGUAACAUAUCGUGGCACUACUACAUCGGCCACCAUAGAUGGGCUUACACCUGGUGAUCGCUACAUCUUCAAAAUUCGAGCAGCUAACAGAAAAGGACAAGGACCACAGUCUAAAACCUUGAGUGUUGGAAUGCCAGGAACCAGCACUACUGCCUCACGGCAUUCUACUCAGUCCAGGAGCUCCUCCAGAACAUCUGUAUAUGAUGACUUAGAGGAUCAAGAUACAGAUGACACAGAAAUAUCUCAUACCCAUACCACUACUUCUCCACCCACAAACAAGAAAUCUCGCCCGCUUUCUCAAACACGGUCUUAUCACAGCAUUUUUUCAAAACUAAGGGGCUCGGUAAGAAAUUCAGGCUCUGGAACAACCAGUGAUAAAGAAGGAGAUGAAGAAGACACACCAACAGACACUCCAAAAGAAGAUGAAGCAACCGCAAAUGAAGCUGUUGAGGAUACGCAACCUGAAAGUACUAACAAUGCUCCAUCAAGAACUGAACAUAAAGUUUCACCAGGAGCUAAGGAAUCAAGCUCUGUUCUUAAAAGUUCAUUACCCAAAACACAUUCCUUCCCUCCAAUUUCCAAAGAGGGCCAUCACCAAUCUCAGUCACUGACACCUCGAACAUCCUCUGUUGUCAAUGGCAACCGUGUAAGACAGCCACCCUCAAGUACCUCCUGGUCACGGAAAAGGAAUCAGAAUGGAGCAUCCUCUAGUUUACCCAACAGCCAAGACCCUGUAGUCUCAAAGAAUGUCCACACUAGCUUAUAUCCUGAAGGCAAAGUCAGUAGUACAGUAGCAAAAGCAUCCACCCCAUCACCUCAGGAAACCAAGACAGAAACAGACAGAGAGUCAUCAUCAUCAUUGUCAUCAGCUGGGACAAGCAGAAUUUCUAACCCAAUAAGUCAUGGUAGCACGUCAGGACCUGCUCCUGUUUAUCCAAAUGGCAGAAGAGUAGGUCACAGUAAAGGUCACAGAUAUCAGACAGGAAGACAAAAAACAGCUUUAACCUCAUCUGCUUUAUCACAAUCUUCAACAGUUUCCAGUACUGACGAUAGGGAUACAAAACAUAACAGUAGAAAUGAUCCUAAAGUAAAGAUUCAAUAUACCACUACUCUUCCCCCUUCAAUCAAAGAAGAGAAUACACAGGAUGUUGGUAACAAUAAUUAUAAAGACAAGGCUGUUAACAGUUAUUUGCCUUCAUCUCAGGUUCCUUCUACAGCGAGUCCAGGACAUGGUUCCUCCUUGUCUAACAGAAAUUCCAGGAUAGUAUUUGGAAGUAGUCAUAGAAAAGAUGGCAGGAUCCCAUGGAGCAGGACUGCUUCUUCUGUAGGAGCAGGUAGGCCAGUUCUGAGAGGAAUACCCUCCAAUCCAACAGCCUCAGGAGAGCAUGCCAGUGGUAAAGACAAAACCUCCCCAACAACCUACACCACAAAGCAUUUGGUUGACUCUAACCUUGCAAAACCCACUGUAAAGAGCAGACAAGAAGCUGCAAGCAACGCACAGACAACCUCUAAUGAUCACAAAGAAGACACAAUGUCAGGCAAUGAUCACAAACAUGAUUACCUCUCUGAGGUCAACAAAGAAACCCAUGAGAUAAAGAAUUCUGCACCAACUGUUUCCCCCCAAAAAAUUGCCUCUGAUGUUAAACAGAUUCAGCGGUCUGGUCAAACGUCUGACAACAGCUCUCACACAUCCUAUAUGACUCUCAAUAGACUUGGUCUGGGUUCCAAUGGAAAGGUUCGCUCUGCUCUCCUAGCCAGUCGCCUGAAUGAGUUAAGGUUGCGUGGUAGGUUACAGACAGUACAAAAUACACAACUGGGCUCUGCUGCUAAACAAAACUCCUCGUCAUCAUCUGUUUCGGCUUCUUCGUCUUCUUCUGCCUCCCAGACCACGGAACACAAAGCUUCACCUCCAGAUCAAGGCACAGGUGCUAGCCAAAAUGCUAAUGUUAGAUCAACUGUGGGAUUGGUCUCACGCUCAUCCAUGAAGCAACCUGCUGGUGGUGACACACCAAAUGAUUUCAAGACCUCUUUAACAGCUCCAGCUCGAAAUCCAGUGGUGAGAUCACGCUAUCCAAGCAGAUCUGACAAAAAUUCAAGAGGAAAAACCCCAGUCGCCUUACACAAACCUAGUUAUGGGCAAGGCAAGAAUGGGCGACCAAAUCUUACAGCAACAAAUGGCAAAAUUGUGUCUACAUCAAAUGAAAAUACAAAAGGAAACGGAGUCAAAUAUAUUACAGGCCCCGAUGGAACCAGAUGGGUUGUAGAUUUGGAUAAAGGAGUCCUGAUGAAUGAAGAGGGAAAGGUUUUGCAGGAUUCUAGAGGCCGGCCCAGGAAAGUAGUCAUUGGAGAAGAUGGAAAAACUAUCUUUGAUGAGGAGGGUACCCCGUUAGUAAACCAGGAUGGUAUGGCUUUGUUUGGUCAUGGGAGGGACAGUCGACCUGUGGUUAACCCCAAAGAUAAGUACCUAACUGUUGGAGGGAAGCCACUGGUGGGCCUGGAUCGUCCGACACCCAGUACUACGACCACAACAACCACAACCACAACCACAACUGCGACUACAACCACAACCACCACUACAACCACUGCUGAACCAACAACAACAGAAAUUACUACUCCAGAGUACACAACUGACGCAUUGCCUACCUGUCCCCCUGGAACAUUUGCAAAGCUGGAUAAGAAUGGGAAUCCUAUGGUGGAUGAUUAUGGAAUACUGGACUGCUACCCAAGUGAUGAAUUUUGGAUGGAGACCACCAUGAUCCCUACCACCACUCAGCUGCCCCCUACUACUCAUUCCCCAACAACUGAGUUCCGCUUAUUUAACAACAGCCCAUCAUCUGAGUUUGAUGCUACCGGCAAGAAACGCUUCACAGCUCCGUAUGUGAAUUACAUCCAGAAGGAUCCUGGUGCUCCAUGUUCGCUGACCGAGGCACUAGAGUAUCUGCAGGUGGAUGUGCUGGCUAACCUCAUUGAAAAAGACAGUGCUAUAGCUAGCCAAAAGCAGCCACCCAAAUACAAGCCACACAACAUCACUGUGAUUGCCAUGGAAGGAUGUCACUCAUUUGUUAUUUUGGACUGGGCUCGCCCAUUGAAGGAUGACAUGGUGUCAGGGUACAUGGUGCAUAGUGCCUCCUAUGAUGAUGUCCUAAACAACAGAUGGUCAUCUAGUCUCUCAUCUGGCACACACCUUGCUGUGGAGAACCUCAAGCCAAACUCCAGGUAUUACUUCAGAGUUCAAGCAAAGAAUGUUUUUGGUCUGGGGCCGAUCAGCGAAACAAUAAGUUAUGUUACGGAAUCAGAUGACCCCCUUCUAAUAGAGAGACCCCCAGGUGGCGAGCCUAUUUGGAUACCUUUUUCCUUUAGGUACAACCCUGCCCACAGUUCCUGUAAAGGAAGUCAAUUUGUCAAGCGUACCUGGUACAGGAAGUUUGUGGGUGUGGUCCUGUGCAACUCACUGCGCUACAAGAUCUUUAUGGGAGAUGGACUGAAGGAAACGUUCUACAGUAUUGCUGAUUCUUUUGGCAAUGGAGAAGACCAUUGUCAGUUUGUAGACUCACAUAUGGAUGGAAGAACAGGACCACAAACCCUUUCCACUUACCUACCCCAAGCUCAAGGUUACUAUCGCUCAUAUAGGCAAGAGCCUGUAAAUUUUGGGUCCAUCGGCAGACGUACGCCUCAUCAGUUUGUGGGCUGGUAUGAGUGUGGGGUCCCAAUCCCUGGGAAAUGGUAACAGAGGACAUUCUGAAUGCCAGUUAUCACUGGCAGCUACAUUUCAUCCUACUUCAACCUCUCUGUUUGCCAAGUCAAUAAAUGAACUUUUGCCAACCGCAGCAACUACAGCCUAAACCAACAUACGGUUUCUCUCCGAGAGGAUAUAAUACUUAAAGUAACAUUUUUUAUUAUAACUGUUCCAAUAUCAAGCACUUUUUAAAAGCGGUCUGUAUAUAAGGAAAUACAAGCAUGUGUGUUCAAAUUAUUAACAACAUUAUCAGGAACAUUGUAUCCUGAAUAAUUGUCAGUGACAAUGGCUGUGAUGGCUUCUUAUUACUGCUUGUAAUAUUAAGUAGUUUGAUACAAACCACAAGCCUUACAAUUGCAAUGACUUAUACAAUAAUGAUGUAACAAAUUGUCUGUGAUUAUUUUUUGGGUAAUAACUUUUGCAAAUUUUGUACUCAUGUUUUCUAUCCUCUUAUCUUGGAUGGCAGUUGGCUUAGAAAUAUUGCCCAUAUUAGGGCAGAUAAACAAAGGUAAUUUUAUUAUGCUCAGGAAAGGUCAAAUACUGAAUAAAGAUACAUGUACGUCGCUAAAGUUUUAUGUUACAUAGACAAAAUAAUGUUACCAUAUCAAAAUGUGAGCAAAAUACUACUUUAGUGAAGGGAAAUGUUCAUGUGGACGCUUGAUACAAUUAUAUGUCUGCAUGUUGCUGAUCAUCUAGCAUCUGACAUUUGCCAAAAUUACUGAUGUGUGUGUUUUGUACUCAUUACAUAAAUGAAUUAUCAAGUAAUUUGAACAAGUGGGAGAAAAGUUCACAAGUCGGUCAUUAACACAAUGAUGUUUAUAUGUUCUGGUUGUAUUGAACACACAAUAAUGAAAUGAUAAGGUUAUAACAUCAUCAUUAACGGCAAGUUGUUAAACUAAUAUUGCAAGUCAUUUAUUUUCACAUGUGCCCAAAUUGUAAGAAGAAUAGUAUAUAUUUAAUUUAUUAGAGAUUAAAAUGUAUUGAUAUUUAGCAGUAUAGGCAUCUCAAAUAAUAUCUCAAAUAUAUUUCAUACUGUCUAUAGACACCAUUUCUACCACAUACAGAAACAAUUUUCUAUAUUUACUCCCAUGCAAUCAUGUAGUUUAUGAAUUGUUUGAUAUUCAUACUUCUGUGUGGAAAAUAUUAUCUCAAGGACCAGCAGUUUGUUAACUCGUAAGUCAAAAACAUUUGUGUUUUACAUGGAAUUUUGGGAAAAUAUGUAUCCAGCAGUUCAUACAAAGGGGAAAUCGGAGGUUAACUAGCUCAAUCAUCUUUUUUUUGGACAGCCGUUGUUUCCGUUGGUUUUGGUGACAGUAAUUGUUUUGUUUCAAGGAUGGGCCAUAGAAAAAUGGAGCAUAUUUUGCACUAAUUUCAACUCCAGAAUAAAGACAUGCUCCAGAGGUAAUCUGUUUCUUAUCCCGCUUUGUUUAAACAGGUUGUCUGGGACCAUAUUGCUAUUAUGAAGCACAGCAUGGUUUGGAAUAGUUAACAACUUGUGUUACAUAAUACUACAUGUGCUGCUUGUCACUAUCAAUCAAUCCAUGUAAAAGAAAAAAAUACUGGAGAUAAUCACAUCAACCUCCAGUAAUGAAUAAAACCUCACGAUUCUA